GCUGUGAUCUGUUGCCUUUCGUUUUCUCGGUGCUAGAUACCAAGCUAAAGUUGUCUGGCUGUAAGUCAGCAGCUAAUCUCAACUAUUUGUUUGACUAAACCAGUUUUGACUUGGCCUUAGCAGUGUCAAUUGCUAGUGGGCAGCAAAAUGUAGGUUGGUCGUGGGAUUGCGUUUGCAAGGAACUUCAAAGUGUACGUUUUUGCCAGAGGAGGUGAAACAUUACAGCACUGUGAAAGCCAUGAAUUUCUUGUUUGUAAGGUUACAGGACAGCCUGGUUUUAACUAACUAAAUAUUUGUAAGCAGUUUUUCCUCCUGAAAUACAGUGUUUGUGUCACUGAAUAUUGAAGUGCCUGCAAAAGGGAGCUUUUGAGACAUUUUAUCUUUAACAGGAGAUGGCCUUACGUAGUUAAACAUACUGGCAGAUAAGCUGCACAGGUUUCAGGGGUUUACAUCUUUCUGAAAUACAUUUGAAAGCACCUUUACAGAAGAUUUUAUUUUCACUUCUCUGAAAAAACUGGUGUUGGGUACCAAAUGCCAGCCCAAGGAGAGCAGUGCCACUGGUGUGUGUUCUGGGUGGUUAUAGUUGAAGCUCUUUCUCAUUAUGUGUAGGUUCAGAAAUGUGUAUUAACUUUAAUUUCACAUUGUUAAAUAGCCAUAUUUACCACUGCAUUAAAGUAGGAGUUUGAGGGGCUGAUUUACACAUAGGUUAUGAUGUUACUGCUCGGUGUCAUUACAGUUGAUGAAAACAAAAUGUGAGCAGCUCCCAGCAGACAUAAAUGGCAUUUGUGAAAGGAGUAGAGUUCCUGCUUGUUUUAAGAGUAAUGUGAUGUUUUAUAAUGGUUUUAUGGCACUUCUGAAGUACAAAUACAGGAUUUCUGAUGCUGUGAAUUCAGUCCUCAGAAUUCUGCAUAGCUCUUCUGUUGAGAUUAAGGCAUUCAGUUGAGUAGGGUGCACAAACAUGACACCAUGUGGAAGUUUUUACCUGGUUUGAAAAACACGGGGUGGUUUGCACACUUGUAACUGAAUUAUUGAGAAAGAAAUCACCUGUAGAUCCAUUUUUAGGGUAAUUUUGGAAGCACAAAGCCCAGACCUGCACUGAUGGUCUUCACAAAACAAUUAACGAUUGGCUGCAUCUCCUGAUCCUUGCAGCAGAGUAGAUUCCUUCUUCAUUGGAAAAUGCUCCCCUCAGCUGGAUGUAUGCAUAAGGCAGAUUCAGACUGUGUAGCAGGACGUAUUCCAGCCUGAAAAUAUAUUGUUUUAAUUUAAUACAUGAUUUUUUAUUCUCUGUUACUUAGGGGAAUGCAAUUUUAAAUGGAAAACUGCUUUAUGUGUAUAUUAUGUAUAUAUUAAUACAUAGUGAAGAGACUAUAUUUGGAGCAGGACACUUCAGGGGGCUUAUAUACACAUAUAUCCCACUUUAUUUUCAAGGUAAAAUUCUGUCUUCUGACAAGACUUCAGUUUAUCUUUGUGCUUUAACUGUGUUUCUGGGAGCUGGGAUGAAGCCUGUGGUGAAACAAGUGAGCCCCGAGUUGGGUAUCACUCUGGAGCCCAGCACAAACAAAAGGGAAAGAACCUGGGGUUCAGGUUUAAUUUGAGCUUUUGUUUUGCAUUUAAUCAGCCUCUAAAGGCUAAAAAAAUACUGAUGAACACAAUCAGCCAGCUGUCUGCAUUAUGUGGGCAAUAGGGUCACAUACGAGGUGGUUUUGACAUGGGUCAAAUCACAAGUGUUCUGUGAAACUAUGGUAAUUCCACAAAUGUGUUAAUUAACAACCUCCAGAUGUACCAGGCUGUGUAAAGGGACCAAGAUGACAAAAAAUGGCCUGGAUUGCUGAUAUUUUCUAAGGCUCAAAGCUCACAAGUGUGAGAGGCCUUUUAGUUUUUUUGGACCACGGCCCCAGAAAGUCGCGUGUAAGUAAAGCAUAGGAUGGAAGAGCCUGUGGUCUUGUGUGAGAUCCAGUUCCCAGCCUUGAGUGCUUCAGAGAGCCAGUCUGGAGUGGGCUUGACCUGGGGUAAACGAGGAGCAGACCAUCAGCUGUGUGGUGCUUGGCUGGGUGAGGCUUCAGGCAUCUCCAGCGAGCCCUCCUGGCAUCUCUGACCAGCUCCCCCGAGGCAGAGCGUAAGAAACAGGCUGAUACAGUAAAAAGCAGUUGUAAACAACUCAUUUUCUUUCUUUUUUUUAACAGCUGCUAGUUGGCUGUAACUUCCAAAAAUGUUUUGUGGUCACAGGGAUCAUGUAUUUAUAAGGGAUGAGGUGGGCCACAGGGAUCGCAGGCCUGAGGUGCGGCCUACCCAGUCAGUGCAGAAUCAGGCCCUCCACUACCGGAACCGAGAGCGCUUUGCCACAAUCAAAUCAGCAUCUUUGGUUACAAGACAGAUCCAUGAGCAUGAGCAGGAGAACGAGUUGCGGGAACAGAUGUCAGGAUAUAAGCGGAUGCGGCGCCAGCACCAGAAGCAGCUGAUCGCCCUGGAAAACAAGUUGAAGGCCGAGAUGGACGAGCACCGCCUCAAGCUGCAGAAGGAGGUGGAGACACACGCCAACAACUCGUCCAUUGAGCUGGAGAAGCUGGCCAAGAAGCAGGUGGCUGUGAUGGAGAAGGAGGCAAAGGCAGCUGCAGCAGAUGAAAAGAAAUUCCAGCAACAGAUUUUGGCUCAGCAAAAGAAAGACCUGGCGACCUUUUUAGAAAGUCAGAAGAAACAAUACAAGCUUUGCAAGGAAAAGAUUAAAGAGGAAAUGAACGAGGACCACAGCACGCCCAAGAAAGAGAAGCAAGAAAGAAUAUCCAAACAUAAAGAGAACCUGCAGCACACACAGGCUGAAGAGGAGGCCCAACUUCUCAGCCAGCAGAGACUCUACUACGACAAAAACUGCCGUUCCUUCAAGAGAAAAACGAUGAUCAAGAGGCACGAGAUGGAGCAGCAGAACAUUCGGGAAGAGCUGAACAAGAAGCGGACGCAGAAGGAGAUGGAGCACGCGAUGCUGAUCCGGCACGACGAGUCCACGCGUGAGCUGGAGUACCGGCAGCUGCACACGCUGCAGAAGCUGCGCAUGGACCUGAUCCGGCUGCAGCACCAGACUGAGCUCGAGAACCAGCUGGAAUACAACAAGCGGCGGGAGCGGGAGCUGCACAGGAAGCAUUUCAUGGAGCUCCGGCAGCAACCAAAGAACCUGAAGGCUAUGGAAAUGCAGAUCAAAAAGCAGUUCCAGGACACAUGCAAAGUGCAAACUAAGCAGUACAAAGCACUGAAGAAUCACCAGCUGGAAGUAACUCCAAAGAGUGAGCACAAGACAAUUCUGAAGAGCCUGAAGGACGAGCAGACGCGGAAGCUCGCCAUCCUGGCCGAGCAGUACGAGCAGAGCAUCAACGAGAUGAUGGCCUCGCAGGCGCUACGGCUGGACGAGGCCCAGGAAGCAGAAUGCCAAGCCCUGAGACUGCAACUCCAGCAGGAGAUGGAGCUGCUCAACGCGUACCAGAGCAAAAUUAAGAUGCAGACAGAAGCACAGCACGAAAGGGAACUCCAGAAGCUGGAGCAACGGGUGUCGCUGCGCAGGGCACACCUGGAACAAAAGAUCGAAGAGGAGCUCGCCGCCCUCCAGAAGGAACGCAGCGAGAGGAUCAAGUUUCUGUUGGAAAAGCAGGAGCGAGAGAUUGAGACGUUUGACAUGGAGAGCUUGCGAAUGGGCUUCGGGAAUUUGGUCACAUUAGAGUAUCCCAAGGAGGACUAUAGAUGAGGUUAAAUUUCUUUGCCAUUUAGAAAAACAAAACCGAUAAAAAGCAAACAAAGUAAGGAUAAAACUUGCAAACCCAACAUUCCCCAUGUUGACGGGCGUGCUCUCUCUCUUUCUGUCUCUCUUACUGACAUCGUGUCGGACCAGUGCCUGUAUAUUCUUACUCCAUCAGGGGCCCCUUUCCCCCGUCACGUCCCGGUGCAGGACAGCUCCUGGCAGUCUUUUCCAUAGUAUGUCACAGUAUUGAUGUCUCUGUGCAAUGAUUAAAAAUGUUUCAGUGAAAACUUUGGAGACAAUUUUAAUGGAGAAAAAAAAAAAACAAAAACACAAAAAAAAACUCAAGUGGAUGUAUGUUGCUUUUGAGCAAUCACUCAUUUUACCACCAAUCAAUGAAAGUACAAGCAAAAAAAAAUAUUAAUAAUUAAAAGAUAUCUACGAUCCCAGGGGGAGAGAGACUGAAUCCGCAGCCUUACCUUAACUAGCUGCUGCAUAAUUUUAUUUUAUUUUUAUUUUUUUGGUAUUUAUUCAUCAGGAAUAAUUAAAUAAUAAUAAAAAAAUUUUAUUAAAGAUUGAAAAAAAAAUUUGAUACAUUUUACAGAAAAAAAAGAAAAAAAAAACCUAAUCGUGCUGUACAUAUCAGUGGUGACAUAUUAUUACUUUUUUGGGGGUGGGGAGGGGCGGGCGACGACGUGGUGAUUUUUAGGAGAACCAUGCCAGGGGCAGCAGGGACGAGCCCUCGCCCCCUCGGCAUAUUCUUGAUUGUAUCAUAAAUCAUUUUCUGCUGUCGCAGAGAAUGUGAAUACACUUAAAUGAGCCCACAGGAUCCCAGUAGCACAAAUUGGGCUUUGUCAAAUCGUGUAUUUUGUGUAUAGAAGGAAUUUAAGGAGAGCUUUUACUUAUUUUCAUAUUGUAUUUUAACUGUUUCUCUGAUCAAAAAUUUUUUUACUUCUUUCCCCCCCCACCCUUCCCACCGGCUCCCUUCUGCUCCAGACACCCCCCACUCUCCAGUUCUGUUCUGGAGCUCAACACUGUCUGUUAGAUCAUCCCAGCCCUUUUGAGUUUUUAUUUUUUGGGGUUGUUUUUUUUUGUUUGUUUGUUUUGGGUUUUUUUGUUUUUGUUUUGUUUUUUUUUUUUUGUUCCUCCCCCAAGUCCAUCCCCAACCCCAUGAUCUUGGUCAUAAAUAUUGCAUUAUUCACACUUUCAAACUGUGUAUUUUCUUACAAUAAAAAGAGAAAAAAAAAAGGCUUUACUUCUUUUGCAUGCACUUUAAAAAAAAGAAAAAAACAACAACAAAAAAAAAAAGGACAAAAAAACCAACAAAACAACAAAAACAUUUUUCAGGUUCCAGGGAAGAGCAUGAAUAACUGUCAGAGCUUUUAAUUAUAUUUGUAAAUAAAAGUGUUCAUCACAA